CGCUGUUUAAAACAUGUGUGGCUUGAACGAGGCUUUAACGCAUCAUUGUUACAUCAUAGCGGCUGAAAUAUCUUCUCUGGAGCUGCAUGAUACAACCUCCGCUAUUGAACGAGACCAAUCAAGAUUCCGAAGAACGGUCAAGCUUUACGUUGACAGCGCCAAUCAAUUACCGCAAAUAUUUUCUUACUGUCUUGAGCACUUUGCGCGGCCUCUCAAGUCCUUGAUAGUGCCAAUCAAUUAGUGCAGACUAAGCUCUUGAGCACUUUGUGCGGCCUCUCAAAUGAAAUCUCGAUAAAACAUAUAAUGCGUCCAGCGUGAGAAUGGAUAUAUACAUUCCUGGACUUUGCUUGCGUCGAAUAUGUCCUUCAUCUGAGUCAAAACUUUUCUUUCUAUCCUGCUAUCACUAACAAACUCCCUAUUUUAUAGCGUUGAUUCCUUCAGGAUGUCUGAACUCACUUACGAUGAGCCACUCGCGCUGAUCAUCAUCUCAGCAAUCUCCAUAGGCGUUGCUGCCAUCUUUGCAAGCUGGAUCGCUCUCGAUAUACUCUUGCGGCAAGGGUGGAAGUCAAUGAUGCUCGUGAUGAUUCCGGUCUAUAUAAUCAAUGCCCUCUACUUGUGGCCUAUCACACUAUGGACAUACUUGAAGUACGGACGUCCAUCGAAACCUUCAGCUCGCGAACAAGUCAAAUGUCAUGACAAGGACGUGGACAUAGAUCCAUUUUCUAACGGCCAAGACCAUGUUCAUCAUGCUCGAGGAGACGGUCACGACAGCAGGGGAGAAGACGCAGACGGGAGUCAUCCAGCUCACGGAAAUGAUUGCGAAAUCCAAGCCCACGACAAAGGUGAUCACAGCCAACAAUCUCCUGCCGAUCAUCAGAAGCACUCUCACCACACGCAUCAUGGUUCAUCUGAUCGACCUAUGUUCGCUACGGUAACCAUAGGUGUAUGCCAUUGCGGUGCAGGCUGCGUCCUCGGCGACCUUGUCGGAGAAUGGAUUGUAUAUGGAGCAGAACUAGCCAUAGGAAAUCCUCCGAGAGCACUGUGGGUCGAGUUCUUGCUAGAUUUUGGCUUUGCAUUCGCGUUUGGAAUACUCUUUCAGUACUUCUCCAUUGCGCCAAUGGCCAAUGAGUACGGCCCUAAAGUCCUCAUACGCGCUCUGAAAGCUGACGCCCUUUCGCUGCUUUUCUUUGAGAUUGGCCUAUUUGGAUGGAUGGCUGCUUUUCAAAUUGGAAUCUUCCAGUGGCGACUGCCAAUGAACACAGUUACGUACUGGUGGAUGAUGCAGAUUGGUAUGUUUAUUGGGCAUUGGACAGGCGUACCAAUUAAUUGGUGGUUGAUCAAAAACGGCAUAAAGGAGCCAUGCGCUUGACAAAUAUGUAUAUCUGAGAUGAAAUAUAAAGUUAUGUGAAGUCGGCGUUUGAAAUAAUGCACCAGAAAUCUAUCGGCAGAGGGUGCUUCUGGAGGUGAAGCCGCUCUCCUUGCGCUGAGAAGUGCGCCAAUUUGUUAGGUGACAUAUAUUACUGGCCUGAUGCGAAUACCCUCCUGCGUUAACAAUCUCUUCAACUUGCAUCUUACAGAGACUCAUAAGCAAGUGGGCAGGCGGUUGUAAGUUGGGUUGAUGAAUGAAGCAUUUGCUAAGAUGAUUUUGGCAUUCUGAACCUGCUGUAGAAUGGG